AUGACGUAUGGUGAGAUAAUCACUCCAACAUAUACUGUGGUGUCUGAAGCUCCGACAUCACCGGCUCCAUCAUCUACAGGAUCAGAACAGAACUACAUAACAUCGUCUGAGCCCAGCACCACAGCUAAGGACAAUAAAGAUGGCGGCUUUGUAUCACCAGAGAUCGGCAUCUCCACCGUGGUAGACCAUAAUGGAAACCAGACUGCAACUAUGAUCACCAUAUCAGAUAAUACCAAUACUACUAUUACUCCAGGUACAACACCUGACCAUGGUAUCGGCACCAGCUCCACCGUGGUAGACCAUAAUGGAAGCCAGGCUGCAACUAUGAUCACCAUAUCAGAUAAUACUACUAUUACUCCAGGUACAACACCUGACCAUGGUAUCGGCACCAGCUCCACUGCCGGGAUGGAACCAACAUCUGACACCAGUACAACGAAUAUUAAAGAUACAUCCACUGAAAACAAGACUGUCAACCUGAUAGAUCCAACAAGUAAUGGAAGUUCAACCAAUAUUACAGUCCCCACUGGUGCCAGUCCUACAAAUAGUAUCGGCCCAAAAACUGAUAGUAAAACUACUACUGGGAUUCAUUUCCCUUGUCUUUAUGGUAAGAAGGAUAUCAGCAUCAUAGACACAAGUGAGGAGAUAAAUACAGACAUCUGCGAUACCAUAGAGACAGGAACCUCAGUCCUUAAAGUUCAAUUCAGGAGCCUCUCAUCUGCGGACGCCACAAUCGGCGCCGUCAUACAGAAGGUUUGUUCUCUGCUGUACAACGCGCUGCGCAGCUCGGACCUGAUGCUGACCUAUAUACCUGCCGGGAUCUCCAGGAACUGUAUGUCACCUCUGGGGGGCGCCGCCAGCCCGUACUCCUCCUAGUCACACUUAAAACCGCCAUUGCCCAAAUCCAACGUUAUCCGUGAGGAGCUGAUUAUUCCGGAUACAAAAUUCCGGAUCCAUCACUUUAUUAUCAGUUCUUUAACAGUCAUGGAUUUUUCCCGCCUGUUUUUUCUGUGUUCCGUCCACUGCGCCACAAUCCUCCAAGUGUCAGGACCCUAGAACUCUGUUCAUCCUGAGGCUCCUGGUUCAUGAAUAGAAUGCGAAAGCUGAAGCCACUGAGAACAGAAAAUGUGGAACGUGUCGAAGAAAAUUACCUUUUUUUUUUUCUUUCAAGAAACAGCGCCACUCUUGCCUAUAGGUGGUGUCCGGUAUUGCAGCUGAGCCACAUUCAAGUGAACAGGGAUGAACUGUAAUACCUCACAUAACCUGUGAACUGGAGUGGGGCGCUGUUGUUGGAUGCAGCCAUGUUUUUCUAAUCCUGUACUUCUUAUCUGUUACAAUGUAUCACAUUUUCUAUAUUUAAUACAUUUUAAUUUAUUUGAAGGUGAAAAAUUGUAAAACGUCAUUGGGAUCACCGGUCAGCGCGACUGUUAUCACCACUUAUGUUACAGUGUUUUUAGGAUACAUUUACGGUGCAGACGUACAUGAUAAUUUUCUGUAAAAAUGACCCCUUCUCUUUAUCCUGUAGGUCCAUACGAUUAAAAUG